GGCUCUCUGCAAUCGGCGUGUAAACACAAAACACCCGAUAAUUUCACAUAGUUUUUUUUCGCACUUACUCGACUGGUAUCCGUUUUUGGUCUCAGCCGCUGUUAUUUGUAAGUCGUUUUCGUUACAGUUCCGUCCGCGUUCAAUUGUCACAAUUCUUCGUUUAUCCGAAAGGCCAUUUGUUGUACUACUCUUAAAUUCAAUUGUAGUAACGAUGGUGUGCAACAUCACUGUCAACUGAGCCGUUCGACCGCGUCAGUCGGCCCCAACAGCGGACAGGAAUCGCGUCCCGCAGGAGCCGUUGGGUUUGGUACCUAAUGCGGGUGAGUAGGUAUUCGUGGAUUAGGAUCUUAACAGCGAUCCGUGUCCGACUGGGCUCCGACUGAGUGCGCUCAUAAUUACGGUCUCAGCUGCAGGUGUGUAUUAAGCAAGUCUGAACUACUGACAGCAAUCAUACCCCGCGGUUUUAUCCCAAAUGUCCAAGAUGUAUGAUUCCAACAGCGACUUAGAUCGACAGAUAGAACAACUCAAACGAUGUGAAAUCAUCCAGGAGCAUGAAGUGAAAACAUUAUGCGCUAAAGCACGUGAAAUACUUAUCGAAGAGAGUAAUGUACAGCGUGUCGACUCUCCCGUCACUGUAUGUGGUGAUAUUCAUGGACAAUUCUAUGACUUAAAAGAAUUGUUCAAAGUCGGCGGCGAUGUUCCUGAAAGAAAUUAUUUAUUUAUGGGUGAUUUUGUCGACCGAGGAUUCUUUAGUGUUGAGACAUUUUUACUUCUACUUGCUUUAAAAGUUAGAUAUCCUGAUCGAAUAACCUUAAUACGUGGUAACCAUGAAUCCCGACAAAUUACUCAAGUUUAUGGUUUUUAUGAUGAAUGUCUACGAAAAUACAAUAGUGUUGCUGUAUGGCGUUAUUGUACAGAAAUUUUUGAUUACCUGAGCUUAUCUGCUAUUAUUGACGGAAAAAUAUUCUGUGUGCACGGUGGAUUAUCGCCUUCAAUUCAAACAUUGGAUCAAAUUAGAACUAUUGAUAGAAAACAAGAAGUUCCUCAUGAUGGACCUAUGUGUGAUUUAUUAUGGUCCGAUCCUGAAAAUACUCAGGGAUGGGGUGUUAGUCCUCGAGGUGCUGGAUACCUUUUUGGUUCUGAUGUUGUCUCCCAGUUUAAUACUACAAAUGAUAUAGAUAUUAUUUGUCGAGCUCAUCAGCUAGUCAUGGAAGGAUAUAAAUGGCAUUUUGAUGAAACUGUGCUUACUGUUUGGUCAGCACCCAAUUAUUGUUAUCGAUGUGGUAAUGUUGCGGCAAUAUUGGAACUUAGUGAAACACUCCAAAGAGAUUUUACAAUAUUUGAGGCAGCUCCACAAGAAAAUCGAGGAAUGCCAACAAAAAAACACGCAGCCGACUAUUUCCUUUAAAUGUAUUCUGGUUCUUAAUGUAUUUAAUUUUAGUUCACAAAGCAUAAAGGAGGAAUGGACAAUUUCACAAAUUUGAAUUAAUUGUAUUUGAAAGAAUACUGACAAUAUAAUAAUGUAAUUUUUUUAAAGUAAAAAUACUUGUUCAUAA